AUGACAGACCUGAAGAGAGUCGUCUCGGCUUUUUGCGAACUGCUGCGCUUCAUGGGAAUCGGUGACCUUCACCCGGAAACUCUACGAUGUGCCAAGUUCAACAAGGUAACGUCAGUGGAGCCACUCUUCACGAGUCUACGAGUUCUCGUGGAUAUGCAAUCGACAGAAUUUUUUACUGGAGACAGUAGAGCAGCAUUUAUAUCAAGAGUGAUGCUUAAAUCGGCAUAUGGGAGAGACAAGUUUUACAAAUGGUUAGCAAACGCUUUCAGUGACAACGUGUCACGUGAUCAGUCUGAGGUUGUGGAAGUCGGAAGUCGCGAGUUACUAUUGGCGUUUGUCUGGCUUUUGUGGCAUAUGAGGAUAUUUGACAUCUACUCGUUCUAUAUUCGUCGUUGCUUUGUCUGUUUAACGACGAGCUUACCGAGUUCGUCUAGUGUGUGUCGUAUAGAACGAACUAUCAAGUGUCCUCGUGACUGGUGGAAAUGGAUGGAGGAACAAAAUCUAUCAAUUGCAAGAGAAAGUAGUAAUACAGUUGAUAAACCAAGUUAUAAUGAAACCGAUCAGUAUUUAGUUCAGCAAGCACUCACAUCAAGGAACAAAAUCGCUGCGAUCGCUAAAGCGGUAUACUCAACUGAAAAAGGCAUUGCAAAGCUGUCGAGCAAGACCCACAAGGCGACUGAAAGAACAGGAUCGAUUUCUAGUGGACAACCAAAGCACUGGUCUCUGAACGAUGUCUACUUGGUAAGACAUCCGGACUUGCUGAGAAAGUGUUCGCAUUUAUUGGAAAAGUUGAUUGAACGUUUAGAGAAACUUGUUGCGUGGACUCAACAGAGCCAGCUUUUCUGGCAGUGGAUGGAAAGCAUCGUGGAUGUUGAGCAUGUAGAAAUGACAUCGGGUUGUACACCACAUAAUGAUACAACAAAACGAAGUCAGUGUAUCCUGACUAAUUCCUCUGAUAUCAUUCUACCCAAUAGGCGAUCGCCUGUUUGGACUUGGCAUCUCCGGUGGGUGGGAUCUUUCCCUACCAAGCGAGUUAUAGGUACAACGGAGACUGAAACGUGUUCUGUGAAAUGUAAAACUGAAGAGGUCACUGCUGAAGUGGCCAGACUAGAGGCAAAACUGAAGGGACUACAACAACAAUGUAAACUCCAUGUUGACAGAGUAAAAGGUUUGUUUCCAGAGUUAACGUUCGAAACAUGUGAUAUUAGACUAUGUAAGAAAUAAUAUGAGGUAGGUGAUCAUACUAAAGUGUAGUACAUGAUGAGUAAUGUAAUAAGCAUGAUGUUGUAGAUAUCUUGCUAACGAUCAUGCAUACCUUUCUUCAACUAUUAAGUAUGCAUACACAACAGCCUCUGUCACAGUUCUAAACAAUUACAAAAUAAUUUAUGAAAAUAUGAUAAAAUAUGAAAAAAAUAUGAAAUAGGUUACAAAAUUGACUUAAAAGUAGUGGAAAGGUGGCAAGAGCAAAAUAAGGUGGGAAGACGAUGUGUUGAUGAACAUCGAUGAAUGUACAUACACUACAUGGUUUGAGGAACUCAAGGCUGUUGAAAAUGUAGCUAGAACACCGAUGUUGCCUUAUGCGGCAAAUUUUUUGCAAUCUUUGUACUGAUUGUUCCUUCAAUAUGUGCCUGUGAGUGGGUUGAUACGUUGUCCAUGUGUCUGUCUGCCUGU